AUGGCUGACGAUAAUGUCACCUGUGAAAAGACGCCGAUUUGGAGGGCGAGACUCAACACCGCGAAGUAUAUCGCUGCGCAUGGCAUGCGUAUGGCCGCCGAAGCGUAUCAGGUGGGUGAGGUCUACUCGCUCGUGUACACCGACGACAUCACCGAACUCGAAAGUGACAAGUAUUACACAGACUACACCUGUCGCACGUUCGUGGUUCUCGGUGUUGACCCUGCAAAGGGUCGCAUCUUUGAGGCU